AUGGCGCCCAAACGCCGAGCCCCGGAGCCCAGUGGCCCUGUCACGCCCAAGAAGCCGGGAGUGCAGAUCGCCUAUGAGCGGCCUGCCGCGGCGCCGCGCUCGAUACACCUGCGCCGCCAGCGCCCGCGCCCGGCGGCGCCGCCGCCUGGCGAAGGCCUCAUCUUCAUGGCUCUGGACGUUGUGGAGGAGGCGCAGGGCCGGUUCCACGUGUGGGGCACGACCCCCGGCGGCGCCAGCGUGCUGCUGCGCCUGCCCAACUUCCAGCCGUACUUCUACGUCGCCGCGCCCAAGGCGCAGGCGGAGGGGGCCGACCAAGAUGGCAUGCUCAACCGCAUCCUGCCGAACGACUGCCGCCUGGCCGGCAUCGAUGCGGUGCUGCGCACUCCCAUCCUGUUCUACAGGCCAGACCGCCCAGAGGGCGAGCCUUACCUGAAGCUCACCCUGGGAACAGGUGCCAGCGUGAAGCGCGCCUCGGCGGCGGUGCAGAAGGCCAUGGUGGCAGGCCACCUGCGCCAGGAGGGCCUUGUGUGGCGGGACAUGACGCUGUAUGAGGCGGAGGUGGCGCCGCUGCAGCGCCUCCUGGUGGACGUGCCCGUCAGCGGCGGCGCCUGGCUGUACGUGCCGCCGCCAGCGGACGCGCAGCCCGGCGGCGCUACCGGCGGCAGCCUGCAUGCUGCCGGGGCGGCGGCGACGCAGCAGCGCGGCGGCAGCGCCGCGGGCUGGCGUGGAGUGGAGGGUGGGGAGCGCGUCAGCAGCUGCGACAUCGAGGUGGUGGCACCCUGGCAGGCAGUGUGCUGCCUGACGCCUGAUGCCACUCAGCUGGCAGACCCCGCCUGGAGCCCCUUCCCCGGCGGCGGCAGCGGCGGCGGCGGUCCAGCGGGCCCAGCGGAGCAGCCGGAGGAGGUGCAGGCGGCGGCGGCGGCGGCCAAGCGCGGAGACAUCGCCGGGCUGCGCAUGAUGCUGCUCGAUGUGCUGUCGGCCACUGCUGAUGGCUCAGACAGGGUGGCGGUGGCCUCCCAGGGCGACCCGGUGGUAGCAAUCACCUGCACUUUCUUCCACUUUGCCGCGCGGGGGCAUGCCGAGGGCCCCACAGCGCCUGCCCAGGGGGAGCAGCCGGCGCAGGAGGGCGGGGUAGCGACAGGAGACGCUAGCGUGGCGGCGUUUGGAGAUGGCGGCGGCAGCGGGGAGGGCGACGAUGAGGAGGAGGCGGCGGUGGUGGCCUCUCUGGCGGCGGUAGCGGGAGCCCCCACAGGCGUCGGCAGCCGCCGACCGCCGGCGGUCACCCCGCCGGCGGCCCCAGCCGCAGCAGCGGAGCAGCCAGAGACGCUGGUGUUCCUGCUGCACCCCGCGGCGGCGGCGCAGCGCCAAGAGGCUGCUGAGCGGAGCGUGGGCUCCCCGCACGGCGACGGCGCCGCGCGGGUGCUGCUGUUUGGCUCGGAGGAAGCGCUGCUGGUCAGCUGGGCGCAGUGCGUGCGGCAGGCAGACCCGGAUGUGAAUGACACGCUGGCGGUGCUGAAGGACCGGUUUGCGGCGCUGCGCCUGGAGGGCGGCAACCUGCAGGCGGGUGGAGCCCCUGCCUGCACUCUGUCGCGGCUGCUGCCGCGCGCCGCCAAGCCGCUGGCGAUCCGCAAGAUCACCAUGUACAGCGCGCAGUGGGUGAGGAGCCAGAGCCGCAUGAACAGCAACAGCAACCAGGAGACGUUCAGGGCGGACAUCGACGGCCGCAUGGUGGUGGAUGUGCUGCGCCAGGCGCUCACCUCCCAGACCCUCACCUCCUUCUCCCUCGUCGACUGCGUGCAGAGCCUGCUGGGGCAGACGAUUGAGGUGCUGAGCCCCGCCCGCCUGGCGGGGCUGGCCGGCCUGGCGGGCCCGCCGCCCCACCCGCUGCACCACGGGCGCCUGGCUCCCGCGGCUGCCGCCGCGGCGGAUGCGGCGCGGGUGGCUCGCUACGCCCUGCGCCGCUGCGACGCGGUGGGCAGCCUGCUGCACCGCCUGGCCACGCUGCAAGAGAUGGUGGAGUUGGCGAGGGCCACAGGGCUCACUCUGCAGCAGGCGGUUUACAAUGCACAGAUGGUCCGCACAAACAGCCUGCUGCUGCGGACGGCGCGGCGGCAGCGUUUCCUCGUGCCCGGGCGGCAGGAGUCGCAGAGCCUGCAGGAGCACACCUUCAUCAUGCACCCCGUGUCAUACCAGGCACAGAUAGUGCGGUCCUGGAGCCUGGUACUGCGCACCGCCGCACGCCACCGGCCCGGCCUGGUGGUGGGCGGGCGGGAGAACCCGAUGGCGCUGUCGGAGAGCCCCUUCCUGCUGCACCCUGUCGAGCACGGCACGGUGGGGCUGUACCGCCAGCCGGUCGCCAUCCUGGACUUUGCCUCGCUCUACCCCUCCAUCUACCGAGCGCACAACCUGUGCUACUCAACCCUGGUCCACAAGGACGAUGUGGGCGCGGCCUUCGUCAAGCCCUCUGUGCGCCAGGGCAUCCUGCCGGGCAUACUGGCAGCGCUCAUCGUGGCCCGAGGCGCCACCCGCGAGCUCCUCAAGGCCGCCUCCGACCCUGCCGCCCGCGCGGUGCUGGACAGCCGCCAGAAGGCCCUCAAAGUGACGGCCAACGCUCUGUACGGCUUCACCGGCGCGGGCGCCUCGCCGCUGCAGUGCAUCCAGCUGGCAGACAGCUGCCUGGCUUACGGCGCGCAGAGCUGCAGGCGGGCCAAGGAGGUGCUGGAGGCGGCGGCAGGCGGCGGGGAGCUGGCACCCUACGGCAGCGGCGCGAGGGUCAUCUACGGCCACACCGACAGCCUGUUUGUGCUGCUGCCAGAGGCGGCAGAUGCGAAGCAGGCGAUCGCGGCGGGCAGGCUGGCAUCCCGUGUGGUCAGCGCCGCCUUCCCAGAUCCGAUGGACCUCAAGUUUGAGCGGGUGUGCCUCCCCUUCCUGCUGCUGCACGUCAACAGGUAUGCGGGGCGGGCAUUUGAGCGGGACGAGGAUGUGGGGCGUGGCGGGGAGCUGAUCUGCAAGGGAGUGAAGAGCAUGUGGCGGCAGACCGCCCCCAUCCUGCGCACCACGCUGCACGGCGCGCUGGUCCGGAUCCUGAUGCAGGACGAUGUGCGCGGCGCCCUGGAGUUUGUGUGCGGCCAGGUGCGGCGGCUGCUGAGCGGGCAGGUGGAGCUAAGUGAGCUGGUGAUGACGGGCGGGCUGUGGCGGGUGACCGGGCAGCAGGUGGAGAAUGCGGCGGCGGCGGCGGGGGAGGGGGGGCCCAGCCCAGAGGACGUCAAGGGCCCCCACGCCUCGCUGGCGGUGCGGCUGAGCCAGCGCGACCCGGGCCGCGCCUUUGUGCUGGGCCAGCGGCUGCCGUAUGUGCUGCUGGCUGGGGAGCGGCUGCAGGAGGAUGCUGCUGAGGACCCACUGACUGCCGCCAAGGCAAGCGCCCUGGGUCUGGGGCUGCUGCUCGAGCACCGGCAUCCCGCAGACCUUGCGGGGCAGGAGGGCGACUAUGGGCUGUACUGGCAAAAGAAGCUGCUGACUCCGCUGGUAGAGGUGUUCCAGGCCAGCGUACCGCCCGGCCAGCGGGAGGCUGUACUGCAUGAGCUCAAGGGAGGGGAGCAUAGCCGCGUGCGGGUGGAUGCAGCCCUCAGCCCGCCGCCGCCCGCGCUGGGGCCCGCCAGCCCGCCACCGCGGGCGCGCGGCGGCACCAACGGCAGAGGCCCAGCAGGCGCCCCCCGCCAAUCUCAGAUGGCCCGAUUCUUCCAGCCCAUCCCCAACAAGGAGGGCAAGUGGGAGGAGACAUACCUAGGGCUGCUGGGAGAGCAGGCCGGGGUGGAGGCCCGCCAGUGCAGCGCGUACGCCACCUGCCGCGGCUGCCACAGCGGCGGCGCCCUCGAGCCCGUGCUGUGCGACAACGGAGAGUGCCCCGUCACGUAUAGCCGCCUGGCCUGCAGCAGCCGGCUGCAGCAGCUGGACGCUCAGCUGCGCCGCCUGGACAUCUUCUGA